AGGGUUCACCGCGAUCUAACGUCAUCAUCGAGUCCCUUUCGUCAUGUCCUCCACCAAGGUUAUCCUCGUCACUGGCUCUAACACCGGUAUCGGGUACGAACUUGUCCAUCUGCUCGCCGCACAAGGCCAUACAGUCUACCUCGCGUCUCGAAAGGAACAGGCUGGGCUCGAUGCUGUAUCGCAAAUCAAGAAAGAGAAAGGUCUGAGCGUGAAGUAUGUGAAACUGGACGUCACGGAUGUCAGCUCCAUCAAGGCGGCUGUCGCGCAGAUCGAGAAAGAUGAAGGACGACUCAACGUGCUGGUUAACAAUGCCGGAAUCAGCAAGAUGGAAGUUCAGCACUCCGCAAUCGAACCUGACUUGGACGCGAUCCGCGGGACAUUCGAAACCAACGUUAUCGGCACGAUCCAGACGACGACGGCCUUCCUCCCGCUUCUGCGCAAGUCGAACACGCCAGAGACCCCGUCGGUGAUCCUCAACGUGAGCACGGACAUGGCGUCCAACUCGUUCAUGGCGUCGCCCAAGGGAUUCUUGCACGAUGUCGUCGCGUACAACACAAGCAAGGCCGCCCAGAACUCGUACACGAUCGCACUGGCCAAGAAUCUCGAGGCGGAGGAUAUCAAAGUCAACGCGGUCACGCCGGGCUUCACGUCCACCAAGCUGAAUGGAUUCUCCCCCGGGGGAAAGACUGCUGAGGACGGCGCGAAGGUCCUCAUGAAAUGGGCCUUGCUGGAAAAGAAUGACCGGACUGGCGUUUUUGCUUACGACGGUGGCGAUUGGUCGUGGUAAGAAAAACCCACGAUGAUCGUUAUUAUGUACGAAUAGAAUGUAAUGUAAAUUUUGGAGCCGACCAGAGCUCUCCAGGCGGAGGAGACGCUCUAAAAUUUGUAUUCAGAGCGGGGAGGUAGCGCUCAGACUUGGAGGUGGGCCAGACAUGAUGUGCAAAUUUAGGGAUUCAAACCCUCUAUUCGUUCACCGGAAGACCUCUGGUGGAUUCAGCUUCUGCAUCUGGGAGCUUCAUUGACAGAAAUGGGUUGUCUCAUCCUGAUCGGAUCAAGACGUUUCCAUUUACGGUCGUCACUGUCACAAUUGCUGCGGUGUGCUAGCCCCUCU